AUGAGCGCCCGCGACUGGGCUAGCCUGCGCCGCGACGUGGCCUGCGUAGUUUCGCGGUCAAAAGGGCGGCCUGCUGCACCGCCUGCGGCGUCGUCGCGGGCGCACAGCGCAGACGUUGAGCUGCUGCGCCACAUUCAGGGAUGCACGUCGGCCGAGGCUGCCAUCGGAUGCUUCGAGCAGCACGCUGACGAGCUCAACAUCCGGCACGUGUCAGAGAUCUUCAAACACAUCGCGGACGACCGGAGAUCGCGGCGGCAGUGUGGCCCGCCUGCGAGAGUGCUCGAGGCCGCCCGCCAGCUCGUCCGCGCCUGCGGCAAGAGGGACCUCCGCAAUUUAGCAUUCCUCGCCUGUCACAUAUCAAAGGCGUGCAAGGGCACAGAGCUCUCGAUUGAAGCCAAGGCGCUCUUCCGUGCCAUCGUGGAAGUUGCGGUGCGCCACGUUGAGUGCAUCCGAGGGAGCGAAAUGGCGGUGCUGACGCAUGGAGUGGCGACGGCUGACAUGAAAGCGCCGUGGACGCGCACCCUGCUCUGCACGCUCACCGAGCACCCUUGCACCGGGGAGCAGCUUCGCCACAUGAAGACCAAAGAGCUGUCCAACUUCGUGUGGGUACUGAGCCAGGUGGGCGGGGAGGGCGUCCAUGCCUUCUUGGUUGACGCCGUGCCUGUCAUCACAACCAGCUUUCUCGACGAGCUCACUAGCUGGGACGCGUCGCAGCUCGCCUAUGCGUACGCCAAGGCCGGCUGUCGCGCCGAGCCUCUCUUUGAGGCGCUCGCAGCGCGUGCUCCAUCCCUGCUGCCGCACGCGCGCUCCGUGCAGGACAUCGCCAAUCUUCUUUGGGCGUUCGCGUGGCUGGAAUUGCCCUUUGAGGAGCCGUUCGUGGCAACCUGCCGCUGCGCCAGCAGGCGAUGCCAAGAGCUCAACGAGCAGGAGACGGCCACGGUCAUGUGGGCGAUGAGUAGCCGGCGGUUGGUUCUGCGCAGCUUGUGGCGCGACGGCUCAGUCUCUACCGACCUCGAUCGCUUCCUCGACUCAAUGGCCAUGGUUGUGUUAGGGAAGCUGGAUUCCGGUCAGAUCCGAUGCGGCGAGGCGCUGGCAAAGAUCGCAUUUGGCUUCAGCAACCUGCUGUGCACGGACGCGGGCUCACAUUGGAGGCUCUUUGAGGCUAUCGCGGAGGUGGCAGCUCGCAGCCUCAAGCAGCGGUCUGGCAGCUUGACCGCCCAGGACGCGGCGUGGCUUGCAAUGACGUUUGCAUGGACUAAGUUUCGUUCGCGGGCGUACGACGACUACUUCGUCGCCCUGAGCAACGCUGUUCCGUCCCUCUUCUCCAGAGGGUACGUGCCGCAGAACAUCGGCAACCUCGCGUGGGCAGCCGCGCGGUACGCGCGAGUGAGGGACAGCGCGCGUGCCACGACCGUCUCCAGUCCGUUUGAGUGGCACCACCGCAUCUUUGAUGGCAUUGCCUCCCUCGACUUUGAGCGGAUGCAGCACCUCGGGCUGAUGGACAUUGCAGCAAUCACCCACGGCCUCGCGUGCGGCGGAUAUGCGCACUUCGCCUGCCUUCAGCAGCUCUCGCAUAGGUUGACCGACCUACUCGCAGAGACGAGUGGUGAUGCGGUGGCGGACGCUGUGGAGGUGUCGUUGAUCGCAUGGAGCUACGCGGUCUCUUCAGCCGCUGCUGGACCGGCCCUCCUAGAGCAGACGUUUGCCGUUCUUGCGGCCGCCGCGUUGCGGUUAGUGUCCGCCUUCAGCCUGAAAGGCCUAUGCCGGCUGGCGUGGUCGCUCGCCGUCGCAGAUUUUGACCACCCAGCGCUCCUCUCGGCGUGCCACGAGCGGCUCGUCAGCCUGCUCGACUCGGACGGGCUUCGCGCCGAGGACUGUGGCGGCGAGAGAAUGAUGGGGUUGCGCGAGGUUGAUGCAGGACAUGCAGCCGCGGGCCAGCUGCAGCAGUGGCAGCUGUGGGCCGAGUAUGAGCUCCAUCGGCCCAACUUACUGUUGCCGUCACGGCACCGAGCUCAAGUUCACGAGGAAGCAGUCUCUCAGCUGCUGCAGUCUCUCGAUACGUCACGGUUGCAGGCUGACGUGGGCGACCACCUCGAGCAGCCAUAUGCCUCCGAGCAUAUACUACCGCAGGGAUACUCGCUUGACUGGGCGCGGCCUGAGGAGAAGAUCGCGAUCGAGGUGGACGGCCCAUGGCAUUUCAUGCGCAUGCACACGGGAGAGCACGUUCCCACGGGCGCGACCAUCCUCAAGUUGCGGCAGCUCCGGGCCCUCGGCUGGUUGGUUGUCUCGGUGCCGUACUACGAGUGGCGAAGGCUCGGCGUCGGCGAGGCGCGAGAGGGCGAUGCCCGCGAGGAUCUGGAGGCGCUGCGCUGUGAGUACUUGCGCGAUAAGGUGGCAGCGGCACGACCGUUGUUGAAGUGA